GAUCGGAUCCACCCCCACCAAAAAUGGCACACACUAAUCACCACCCUCUUCUCCUCCUCACACUCGCAUUUCUUCUCAUCUUCACAACCACAACCACCACCGCCCGUCUAAUCACCACCACACCAUCAUCUGAUCUCAUUUCCACCGGCCUUGACAAUGAACACCCACCACCAAAAACCAUACUUCGUUUCAAAACAGAAGAACUUGCAGAAGAAACAUGUGAACAAACAUAUGGGUUUUUGCCCUGCACAACAACAGUUUUGGGAAACUUGUUUUUAGUAUUGGUAUAUGGGUAUCUUAUGUAUCUUGCUGCUACAUAUUUAUCUUCUGGCAGUGAACUGUUGCUUGAGAGUUUAGGACCUGGUCUUGUUGGUGGUUUGUUGCUGCCCAUCCUUGGUGCCCUUCCUGAUGCUAUGCUUAUUUUAGUAUCUGGUAUAUCAGGAAGUAUUGAAGUUGCCCAAGAGCAGGUAUCCGUAGGCAUGGGUUUAUUAUCAGGUUCAACGGUCAUGCUUAUAACUGUAAUAUGGGGAAUCUGCAUCAAUGUUGGCAAGUGUGAUAUAGAAAACUCGGUUGCUGUAGAUAAGAAAGAUACUAAAGGGUUUAGCUUAGUAGGUUCUGGUGUCAGUACUGAUAUUUGGACAAGCUAUUCAGCCAUGAUUAUGGCUGUAUCCGUGCUCCCCUUCAUUAUUGUCCAGUUCCCACAAAUUAUGCAUUCAGACUCUGGAAGACACUUGGCAGUUUUACUCGGUCUUAUUGUUUCAGUUGCUCUUUUAAUCGUGUACUGCAUUUAUCAGGUUGUGCAGCCUAAAUUGCAGAGGAGACGCCUAGCAUUUGCAAAGCAUAAGCACGUACGAUCUAGGUUUCUCAAGUACCUAAAAAAGCGUGCACUUGGAAGACUCUUGGAUGAUCAGGGGAAACCUAACCAUGAUGUUCUGACAAAGUUAUUCAAGUCCAUUGACUCGGAUGGAGAUGACCGUGUUUCACAUUCUGAACUUAGGGCUCUGGUUGUGGGAAUGCAAUUAUAUGAAAUCAAUUUGAGUGAAGAUGAUGCUGUGGAUAAAGUUAUGAAAGAUUUUGAUACGUCAGAAAACAAUCAGAUUGAGUUCAGCGAAUUCGUAACGGGACUUGAAAAAUGGCUUUUGGAAGCCAAGGGCUCCAAAAUAGAUCCCCAUAUUGCUGGUCCUGACACUUUGAAGUACAUUCAUGAGUAUUAUGAGGAAACGAAGAGAGAACAUGAUCUUCUAGGAGAUGAUGCUGGUGAUGAUGAUGAAGAGGAAGGGGUUGAUGAUCCUCGUGGGACAAUAGUAAAGGCUGUGCUAUAUUUGUUAGUGGGCACUAUUAUUGCAGCUGUAUUUGCUGAUCCUCUUGUAGAUGCCGUUGGUAAUUUUUCUACUGCAACUAGUAUCCCGUCUUUCUUCAUCUCAUUCAUUGCAUUGCCUUUAGCAACCAACUCGAGUGAGGCAGUGUCUGCAAUCAUCUUUGCCACCCGCAAAAAGAAGAGAUCUGCGUCUCUUACAUUUUCAGAGUUAUAUGGGGCAGUAACGAUGAACAAUAUACUUUGCCUAGCAGUAUUCUUGGCACUUGUUUAUGUGCGUGGAUUGACGUGGGAUUUUUCUUCAGAAGUUCUCGUUAUUUUGAUUGUGUGCAUUGUGAUGGGCGUGUUUGGCAGUUUACGCACCACCUUCCCUCUGUGGACAUCUUUCAUCGCUUUUGCUCUCUAUCCAUUUUCCCUUAUCUUGGUAUAUGUUCUUGACUAUGUUUUUGGUUGGUCGUAGAUUCAGUGUCUUCCGGGGACGUGUUUCACUGUUGCAUUUUUAUUGUGAAUUAUGAGAUCUGUAAAAAAUAGAAACUCACGAGAGCAUCUGUUUCGUUGCUGGUUUUAUUUAUCCUGAUUUACCUAUUUGACAUGUGAUUUUCUGUAACUAGUAUGAAAAUUUCUUGGAAGGAAUUGGUUUUGUCUUUA